AUGGAUUUCAGUCAGUUUAAAGACGAAAGUAGCUCUGAAUCCAAUUUUGAAGAAUAAGAUAGAGUAGAAAGCUUCUUGAAAAAGAAUGAAACAAUUUUAGAUUAUAGCAGCAUUGAUUAAAUUUAAUAAUCCUUUAAUUCAUCAGAUUUGGCUAUUUUAUAAUCAAUUCAUAAUAAAAUUGGUAAUCAAAAUAGCUUAUUGCUCAAAAAUAUAGAAAUUGCUCAAAAUCCUGAAGGAUUUAAUAAAAAUUUGAAUCCUGGACAGAAAGAUGUUGAAACUAAAUAAAUAUAAAAAGGUGAAGCUAUUGAAGAUAAAUAAGAAAGUUUGGUUUCAUCUCAAAAUUAAAAUAAAAAAGUGCUCAAAAAUAGCUAAAAUUCAGAUUUAUUGAAUGAUCAACUUGAGGCGCCUUCUUUAUCUAAUUAAAAAAAUCAAUAAGAUUUUUUGUAGGAAAAAUCAAAAUUAACAUCCCUUAAUGGAUAAAAUAUUAUUUAGAAUUAAUAAUAUUAAAAUUUAGAGUAAAAAAAUUAAGUAAAAGAUAAUAUUGAAGAAGAAAGCUUAAUUUUAUCUUAACCAUCAAAUAAAUAACCAAUUGAAAACAAUAAAAGCUUUAACUAAUAGGAAACAUUAAAUACUGAGUUAUAAAAUUAGUAAAAUAUUAUUUCGUAGUAAUAAUUUCCAAUAACUCAAUAAAAUAUUAUUUAGAAUUAAUAAAAUUAAAACUUAGAGUAAAAAAAUUAAGUAAAAAGUAAUAUUGAAGAAGAAAGCUUAAUUUUAUCUUAACCAUCAAAUAAAUAAUCAAUUGAAAACAACAAAAACUUUAAAUAAUAGGAAACAUUAAAUACUGAGUUAUAAAAUUAGUAAAAUAUUAUUUCAUAGUAAUAAUUUCCAAUAACUCAAUAGAAUAUUUCUUAGAAAGAAGAAAGCUUAAUUUUAUCUUAACCAUCAAAUAAAUAACCAAUUGAAAACAAUAAAAACUUUAAAUAAUUGGAAACAUUAAAUACUGAGUUAUAAAAUUAGUAAAAUAUAAUUUCGUAGUAAUAAUUUCCAAUAACUCAAUAAAAUAUUAUUUAGAAUUAAUAAUAUUAAAAUUUAGAGUAAAAAAAUUAAGUAAAAGAUAAUAUUGAAGAAGAAAGCUUAAUUUUAUCUUAACCAUCAAAUAAAUAAUCAAUUGAAAACUAAUAAUUUCCAAUAACUCAAUAAAAUAUUUCUUAGAAUUAAUUAUAUUAAAAUUAAGAGUAAAAAAUGAUAAUAAAAGAUGAUGUUGCUAGCAAUACUUAAGAAAAUAGAAUGUUACCUUAAUUAGAAAAUCAAAAAAUUACAAAAAAUAACCAAAACGGUAUCUAAUAGCCUAUAUUACCUCUUUUAUUAUCUAUGUAAAGUAAUUAGCAGGAUUAAUAAAGUAGUUUUUAGUCAUAAAAAUCUACAAUAAAUUCCUCUAAUGGAUUGAAAAUACUUUAGAAUUAAUAAUAUUAAAAUUUAGAGUUAAAAAAUCUAGAUAAAUAGGAUAUUGAUUAGAAUAAUGAAGAUUGCUCAAAAAAGUUUUAAAUAAGUAAUCAAUAACAUUUUUAAAAUAAACAAAAUUGCAAUCUUGAGCAAAUAUUACCUUUCCCUCAUUUUUUACCUAGCCAAAGUGAUUAGGAUUUAGAAAGCAUUGUUAUAAUUGAUUAAUCUUCAAAAAUAGAUUCUUCUAAUGGAUUGAAUAUCCUUUAGAAUUAAUAGUGUUAAAAUUUAGAGUAAAAAAAUCUAGAUAAAUAAGAUAUUGCUUAAAAUAUCAGUGAUAGUUCAAUAUCGUCUUAAAAAGAUAACCAAAAACUUUUUUAAAAUAAUCAAAAUUGCAUAGAUGAAAGCUCAGUUUAAUCUUAAAGAAAUUAAUAAACUAUUAUUGAAAAUGUUAAUUAACAAGAAACAAAAACUCAUUAUUAAUCUAAUCAAAUUAAAUAGCAGAAUGAAUAAAUGAUAUCAUUAAAUUAAUGUCUAAAAAAAUAAUCUGAAAAUAAAAUUGAUUAUGAUAAUAAAUUAUUAAACCUUUAAGAAAAUCAGAUAAAUUAUUGCUAAAAAAAAUUAAUUACUCAAUAACUAAGCCAAUAACAAAAUAAUAAUCCAAUUUAAUAAAGCAACUAUCAAUACAAUAAUAACAAUAAUUUAAAUGGUAGUGAUUAAAUUUAACUAUAAAUAUCUUAAGAAAACAUUUCAUAAUAAUAAAGCUCAAAUGAUAACUUUACAAUUAGCUCUACCCAAAAAUAGUUUGGAUAGAAACUUUUAGAAGAUUAGAAGAAUAUUCAAAAUAUCUCAAACUAAAUUGACUGUUUAGAUUUAGAUAGUUAAAACAUUAUUUAAAAUUAAGAAGAUGAAAAUAGAUAACUUCAAUUUUCAUCAGAAGACGAGGGUGAUAACGAAGAAAAAAAAACUUCUCAAGACUAAAAUAUAUUAAAACAACAUUAAGAAUUGUUAGGAGAGCCUAUAAGUAGUAUAAGCAAUGUAGAAAUUGAUAGCAAUUCGUCAUUUUUAGAUGAAUUUGAAUUUUUAGAAAAUAAAAAGCAUAGUGCUCUUUAUUAAAAGAGCAAAAACAUAAAAGAUUUUUGCAAUAUUCUGAAAAAACAAAAGUAACUGAAAUAAUAAUAUGUCUAAAUUGAGCCUAGAGAUUACUAAGAGGAAAUAUUUAAAAAUCUUAUUUAAAAUUAUGGAAAUUACAUUAUAUUUUUAGAAACAGGAACAGGUAAAACAUUAGUAAGCUAAAUGAUAGCUUAAUACACUCUUUCAAAGUUCAAAGGGUCUAAGGUUGCAUUUUUAGCAAAUCAAGUGAACUUAGUGGAAUAACAAUAUAAUAAUUUCUUGACGUAUCAAAGAUCAAUAGAAGAAUAUUUAGUCAAACAAAAUUUAUCUGAAGAGAUAAAUUAAAAUAUUAACAUCUCUUUUUUCCAUGGUAAAAUGAAUUUAGACUUCUGGAAUAGAUCGUUUUGGUAAAAAAAUGUUGAACAAUCACAGAUUAUUUUUUUUUCUUCUUAAAUUUUUUUGAAUGGAUUGAGAAGAGGUCAUUUCCAGCUCACUUAAUUUAAAUUGAUCAUAUUUGACGAAUGCCACAAUACUAGUAAAGAACAUGCUUUUUCUUAAAUUAUGAAAGAAUUUUACUUUUAAGUAAAGAAAAAUGAUAUUGUCUUAAAAAAUACACCAAAUAUUAUUGGAUUGUCUGCUACUCCUAUUACACAAGGAAAUAAAGGAAAUUUUAAUGUGAGAAGAGAAAUGCUAAAAUUAGCUCAUAAUUUAGAUUGCUAAUUUAUUAAUUAUGAUUUACAGAAAGUCUAUGCACAGUUAAGAAACAUUAAAUAAACUGAGAAGUUUUAUGAAGUUAAUAUGAAUGAGAAUGAUUAUCAAUACAUUGAAUCUAACAACAUUAAAGGCUUUGAUCAGGCUGAUAAAGUUUUAUAUGAGCUAUAAGAGUAAUAUCCUGAAUUAAAGGAGCUAUAUAAAUAGUUAUAAGCGCUUAGCAGAUUAGAUAAUCUUGCUUCUAAAGCCUUUACUCAAAUACUUAGGAAAAUAAUUAAUCUCUUAGAAGAAUAUAUCAUUAUUUUAAUUUAUCAAAUAGGUGUUUAUGUUGUGCAAUUUUUUAUCUUCGAUAUCUUGUAAGAACUCAAAGGUGUUAACAUAACUGCACCAAAAACUCUCUGUAUGAAACAAUAGCUGGAGGAUAUCUUACAAUAAUUUUAUGAAAUAUUUAGAGCAAAAUACAACAAUAUUAAUAAUGAUCUUAGCAAUAAAUCAUAAGUUUUGCUAUCAAUUCUUUCAAAAAGUGAAGGUAUUUCUUUGAUAUUUUGUAAUAGCAAAGUUGUUGUCAAAUAUGUCACGAAGUUCAUUUAAAGUGUAUUCUAAAAUAGUAAUUCAGACUAAAAAUGUUGCGAAUAUAUAAUGGGAUAAACAAGCCAAAAUAAAAAAGAUGAAGAAGAUGAUAAUAAUUUAAAAAUAAUAAAUAGCAUAAAUCCGUAUGAAAUCUAAAACUUAAAAUCGUAAAGUGUAUAAUAAGCUUAGAACAUUAUACAACAAGAAAAAUAAUUUAGUAUCAAAUUUUAUGCGCUAAAAUAAAAAUACUCUGAACAAUAAAAGAUUGUUGAGAGAUUCAGAAACAAAUAAUUCAAAAUUUUAGUAAGCACUAGUGUUGUUGAAGAAGGUUUCGAUAUUCCUUCAUGUAAUAUCGUCAUAGCUUUUAGCAAAAUAAUUAGUCAAAGAUAAUAUAUACAAAUGAAAGGUAGAGCUAGAGCAGAAAAUAGCAAAUUUUAUGCCUUAGUUGCUGUUUACAAUAAUAAUAAGAUAAAAUUAUAAAACCAUUAAAUAGUGAGUGAUUAAAUAAAAUAAGAAUACUAUAGCUUAUCCUUAUUGACCUAAAAGUAAUUUAGUUAAGAAAAAGAAAAGCAUUAAGUUAACGAUGAGGAUGAUACGUCGAUGGAAAAUUAUGAAAAUUUCAUUAUUCCAGAAACUAACGCAAAUGUGAAUACAUUUUGGGUUAAAGAAAUUGUCAACUAAUUUUGUCAAUCGUUUUGCUACAAUAGUUAGUUGGACAAUAGAUUCCCAAUAGUUUUCGACUGUUUAAUUAAUGAAAGAGGUUAGUAUUUGUCUCUUAUCAUUUUACCUUUUCAACUCUAAGCAAAUAUUUUUAUGAAUCUCCAGAAGCUAAAAUUUAAAAAAGAAGAUGCUUAAAGAUGUGCUUUUAUGCAGGCAGUCAAGAGCCUAUUAAAAAACAAAUAUAUCUCAAAUGAGCUAAGACCGAGACAUAAAUCUUACAAAAAUUUCUAUUUUGGAAGAGGUGAAGAUGAUUACUAUGUUGAAUACUCUGAUAGAUAUUUUGCUAUUAUAUAAAAGAACAUGCAGGAAGUAUUUGUAGGAUAUUUAAAUGGAAAAAAGAGAUAAAUUGUUGUCUACAAAAAACUUUAUCGUUAAAUUGUAGAUGAAGUUUUUGUUUAAAAAGAAUAAAUCUAAUAAAGAGAAUUUCAUCCCUUUUAUCUCUAUGAUAUAUAAUACAAGGGUGAAUUACUUUAAGUUAAACUUAUUUAUGACAAGCAGUGUUUAGAAGGCUUUAUCCAUUAAGAUAUUAAAUUUAUCUUCCAUAACUAAAUUAAUUUAAGCAAUGAAGAAUUAAACGAAAUUAGAAAAAUUAACCAAUAAGCUCAUUUAAAGUUAUUAAAUCUUGAUAAAAUGAAUCUUGAGCCUAAAAAAAUUUACACUAGCAAAUGUUUAAUUUAUAAAAAAACAUAAAUCUUAGAUUAUAAAAACACAGAAGAAAGUGUGCUAAUUAAUGAAAAUGUGGUUUUUCUUUACAUAAUGAGUGAUCUGAAUUAAAAUUAGAUCAAAGAAAUUAAAUAAAUAAAUAACCACAUUGAUUAAAUUAGAGAUUUUCUUAAACUUAAAAUUAUUUCUGAAAAAAUAUCAAAAAAACUUAACUAAGAAAUAAUUGAUUUUUAGAAUAUGCAAAUAGAACAAUUAAAUGUUUUUAUCAAGCCAAAUUUUAAGCUUACUGGUUCGCUCUCUAAAUCAAAUAUUAAACAAGAUUAGAAAGAAAUUUAUCCUCUUUAAUUUGAGAAUCUGUUAACCUUAACAGAAAGAGAUUUAAUCUAAAUUUUUUAGAAAAAAUAAUUAGAGAAAAACCUUGUGUUUUUAGGAAAGUAAUAUUUCAGAUUUAUAACCAGCAUUAAUGUUUUCAAUGAAAACUUUAAAACACACUAUGAUAUUUUAAUAAGUGAACUAGAUAUGAGAUUUAAUGAUUGCUUUGUUAUGUCUAAAGCAGUAGAGUCUAAGUUUUUUAAGUACUUGCUGAUCAAAGACUAUGUAACUUUGGCUCCUUGCUUGAGUAUAAUUUCAUAGAAAUUACAUACGUUUGUUGCUGAUCAGUUAACAUUACAAGAAAAAAUUCUUAUCAAAAAUCAUUAAUAAAAUCCAUUAAAUUAUAACAUGGCAGAAAUUAGAAACAAAUAAUUUACAGAAAUAAUUUAUUAUAUAAUAGGAAUUACCAUAAAUCAAAACCAAAACAUUUUCAAAAACUUUGAAAAAUAUAGCUCAUUAUUUUAACCUCUUCUUAAAUCAUUUAACUUGAUUGAAAAGUAUAGUGUUUUAACCAAAUUCGUAAAUAUCUAACCAGAAUAGAUUUAGUAUAAACCUGAUAAAUAAAAUUUAUUAAAUUAAUUUAGCUAGAAUUCUAUCAAUUACAAAUUUAAUAACAUAGGUCUUCUCUAAUAGGUAUUUACUCAUUCUUCAUAUAAAUAAGAUAUGGUUUGUUCAGAUCUUAAUAAGAUCUUUGGAACUCUAGAAAAAUCUUUGAAUGACUUCAUCACCGAAAUAUAAAAAACAGAAAAAAGAUAAUCUUUUAUACAGCUAAAUGAUGUUUCAAAUGAUGUACUUUCAUUUUUAGGAUCUAUAAUAUUCUCUCAAAUAGUCUUAAAGCGACUUUACACGAGAUACAGUCAAUCCAAUCCAAAUGAAUUAGAUAUUUUCAUGGAAAUAAUAUGUUGUGAAUAAACAAAGUCUUUCUUGUCUGCAAAAUUUAAAUUAGAUUAAUACUUCAUUUAUGGGAUUCAAUAUUAAUAAAUAUUUUAAAAAAUAAAUCAUGCAGCUAAUUUUUUGAGAUAGUAAAACAUUUAGAGUUUCAGAAAUAUUGCAACUAACUAUAAUAAGGAUAUAAGUAUUUUAUCUUAACUCUUUGACUCUUUGGUAGGAGCUAUAUAUAUAGACUUACAAUAAGAUUUUGAAAAAACAUCAGAUUUCUUUAAUUAAAAUUAACACAUAUAAUUAAUUAUAAAAGAUAUUUGCCAAAUAGCAGAUUAGUAUCCUAAAUAUUCUUUAAUUAAAGUUUUAAAAUAAAAGGGAUAUGAUUGGGAAGAUAUUCAAAUUAUUAAAUUACCACAUCCAGAGUAGUUCUUACCAAUUAAUUAGAAUAAAUAUAACUUCUAGAUUUAUGAUAUUAAAAAUGAAAAAUUACUUAUUGAUAAGGUUUUUGAAUGCCAAAGAAUCGAAGAGGCAUAUUUGGCUAUCAAAGAAUAAAUCAUUAACAACCCAAUAAAUUAAUAGUCUUUAUGA